AUGUUCAGCGCGCAUUACCUCGGCAUCAUGCGCGAUACAUGGGAUGCCUGUCGAAAAGACUUCUUUUCUAACAUUUCUUUCUCCAAGCCCGAGUCAUCUCGUCUACUCGAUGAUGACCCUUAUCAGGCUGGGUAUGGCUACGGAGCGCUCAACCAUGCGCAGCAGGCUAGCCAACCGGAUCCGGAAUACGUGAGGCGUGAGAGGGAGGCAUUGGAAUCUAUUUGCCAACGAACUUCGGACUCGGUAAUUGAUAUCUGGUCCCUCCAACCACAACCACAUCUCCAACCUCAAGCAACUCUCCACACUCCCAUCUCUGCAUCUCCCGCUCAGUCGCAAAAAGGCGAACCAACAACCCCCGCCUCUGCAACUCGGGCUUCACCAUCAAGCCGUCCUUCCUCCGGCGCUGAUGGCAACGUCCCCAAACACUGGGGUGAAGUUGUCAUCAACCCAAACAAGAAGCGGUCUCGUCCCGACAUGAAGACGGAUAUCAAGGUCAAGCACGAUGUCUUUGGGGUCUUGAACGUCAACUAG